AUGUCUGCUAAUGAUUAUAUCUGUGUUAAUAAUAAUCUUGAAAUUGAAAAGAUUGUUUUAGACGAAGUUGCUAUUAUUGAAAAGGUCUUUCACCAAUCUGAUUCCAGUAGUAGUGAUAAUGAAAGCAAUAUUGAAAUAGAAAAAAUCUUUUAUUUAGUUGCUUUAGAAAAAUGCAGUUUAUUAAUUCAAUAUGUAAAACAACAAGAACU